UCCACCUUCCAACCCCUCAUGUCCACGUUCUCCUACUUCGCCGAUCCCGUCCGCUACACCGUCUCCGGCCUCGUGCGACGCAUCAGCAUCGACGACGCCCCAACUCCGCUCGCAAAGGCGCUGAGCGCAAACUACAACGGCUCCAUGCACGAUCCCACAUCAGGCUACUACAACCCUCCGAAACGACGUCUCUCGCCUUUCCAACCUCCACCCUUGACGCCCCUCUCCCUCUCCGGCUACAGGGACAAUACACCGCACAAAGCCCGCCUACUGCGAAGAUCCGUCGCCGAAGAAAUCCGCCUCCUCCUCCCACCGCGACUGCAAUUGCAAGACACAUGGCACCUGACCUACUCUCUCGAACAAGAUGGCAGCACACUCAGUACGCUCUACUCGCUAUGCGAUCAACACCGUGGGAAACGAGGAGGCUUCGUGGUGGUGGUGAGAGAUGGCACAGGCGGGGUGUUCGGCGCAUACCUCAGUGACGCUCCUAGACCUCAGUCCGCCUACUACGGCAGCGGGGAAUGUUUCCUCUGGCGGGCGUUCGUCCUCCCCGCACUACCCGACCUCAUGGACCUCCCCCCUCCUCCAUCCGCGGACACGACGCAUGCGCAGCGCAUGACGACGAUUGCAGUGGGGACGCCGAGGAACGGCAGACACCGGAAUGGAGGACUCGCGGUCCCGUCGGAGGGGAUUCGCUUCAAAGCGUUCCCGUAUACGGGGGAGAAUGAUUUCAGCAUCUUUUGUCAGCAGGAGUAUUUGAGCGUGGGAGGUGGGGAUGGGCAUUAUGGGCUUUGGCUGGAUAGGGAGUUGAGGAAGGGGGUGAGUGAGACGUGUCCGACGUUUGGGAAUGAGGGGUUGAGUGAGGAGGGGGGGAAGUUUGAGGUGUUGGGGGUGGAGGUU